AUGUGCUGCUCCCCAUCAUCGUCUCCAAGAAACAUGGCCAUUGCCAUAAUCUCGCCCAGGAUUUGGUUGGUUGAUAUGGCAUUCUGGAUGCUCACGACGGACUGGUUGACUAGUAUCUAUGAGAACAAGCCUGCAAACGGGCUGGCAGAGUCAGAGAUCACCUGGGAGACAGCCAUACAUCCAUUCGGCGUCUUAUUGCUAACCUGGCGAUGCGCCACCAGCUUCCACGCAGGA